AUGGAGGUUUUGGGCGCAGUUUCUGGCGCUUUUGGGAUUAUUGCGGUAACUCUACAAGCAGCUAAAUCCAUAUCGAGCUUGAUAGGAAAAAUCGUUGAUGCUCCUCACAGUCUCCGAAGGCUACAUCAGGAGCUCCAGGAUCUAGAACUCAUACUCACACAGUUAAACCAAGCCAAAGAUGACCAAAAGAUCAAUGCCGGCCAGAGCCCUCUGGUAAACGCCGUUAACACCUGCGGAGCUGAGUUAAAACGACUUAAAGCACUCCUUGAACCGCUUACCUCAAAGCUAUGUGAUGAUAGCAGCAGACUACACCGUCGGGGAAUCCAAGGGAUUAAGGCGUUCUUUAAAGACGACGAUAUUAAGGAGGCGGUCACUGCGCUGCAGUCACGGAAGCUAUCUAUCUGCUUAGUAUUGAUCGCAGAUACGUCGAAAAGGAUCGAAGAUGGCAACCCUAAGCUUUCGAAAGGGGAUACAAGUAGUGCACUUAGAUCCACCAGCGAAGAUGUGAUUAGCCAGAUCUCUACGAAGAAUUUAGAGGAAAUCAUCUCCCAAACUAUACGAAAGGUUCAAGAAGAAUUUAUGCAAGAGCCCGGGGCGAAUAUUGGGGCUUUCUUGAGGCUUGAAGGUGUGGAGUUUGAUAAGUUAUGGGCAACAAAUCUAACUUCGGCCCGAAAACUUCAAGCGAUGGUCCAUGAUCGACAACGCGAAGCUUUUCUGCUGUCUUUAAAACAUCCGGACUACUAUGGCGAAAAACUAAAACUAAAAAUUCCGCAGUCCGGAACUUGCGAAUGGAUCUUCACCCAUCCUCAAUACCUAGCUUGGUGUGCAGAUCAGGACACAUCUGUCUUGUAUUCUAUGGGCAAGCCUGGAUCGGGAAAGACCGUCCUUUCUAGGCAUGUUCUGGAAACUUUGCAGCAUUCCAGCUCAAGCCCCAAAAAUACACAAGUUCUUUACUAUUUCUGCAACAAUCGAGAUAAUCCUAACCUUACUGCCACCGAUGUUCUUGCAGCUAUAGUUCACCAGCUCCUUUCCCAGAUACCUUCCUUGUUCCCCUAUAUCGCCAAAAAGGCAAACCUUAAUAAAUCCAGCUCAGAGGUCAUUCUAUGGCCAUUGGAAUCACUUUGGGACAUGUUUACUAUCAUGGUGGCAGCCUCUCACCUAGAGGUUAUCUACUGCAUAUUAGAUGCCCUCGAUGAGUGCGAAGCAGAAUCAAUAUCCGAGUUAUCCCUAUUAAUCACAAAAAUGACCGAGGAAUCCAAAGAAUCAGAGGACUCUCCAAAAUUAAAAUUCUACUUAACAAGCCGACCUUUUCAGAGUUUAAAGGAAGAUUUGACGACUGCCCGAGUUAUCUACCUUACUCCAGAAAUUGUCAAGACAGACAUCGAAAAAGUCGUUGAUGAUGGAAUGGAGAGGUUGCAAAAACGAUUGCGCUUGAAGAAGGAUGUCAAGGACAGACUUUGGAAUAUGUUGGUGGAGCGCUCGGAAGGAAUGUUUCUCUGGGUAUUAUUGGCAAUUAAGCAGUUGGAUAGGGCACGAGGUUUGACCGCCCAAAAGCUAGAAGCCCUCAUGCAAGGCUUGCCUAAAGGCUUAGACGGGAUCUACGAUCGGAUGUUGGAGGCCCUAGAAAACGAUCCUGAUGACCUAGCUCUCGCCCGGAAAAUGCUGAGCUGGGUCAUUUUGGCCCCAAGGCCCUUGACAAUCCCCGAAUUUAGGGAAGCAAUGGCUGUACAAGAGUCUUCAUAUUCUGUCGAUUCUAUCCAGGAGCAUUUGAUGUUCAACGUUUCCCGUGAUAUACGUACUAUCUGUGGCUCAUUUUUAGAGAUGAUUUCGGGAAUGGGGGAUCCAAAAAUGAUAACCAAUAGCGACGACGACACCCAAGAGAACGAUGUUGACGAAGACCCUAAAGCAACAGUCCGCCUUAUUCAUCAGUCAGCGAAGGAUUAUUUUUUCGAUAAAAGCCGACGGCUUGGAUCCCACCUUUCCAGAUACCGAAUAGACGAGCAGCAAGGACAUAACGAAAUAGCGAUAACAUGCCUCACAUACCUUCUGUUUAUAGAUUUCAAGAAGAGCCCUAUCAAACGCGAGCAUAUUCCUCCAAGGCCUUUCACACCCAGUGCCUCCCCAAUCGACAUUAAUGAUACAAAAAACAUACACAUGCUUCUCGAAGAUCGUAUCGCGCAAUAUCCAUUCCUUGAGUAUGCAGUUCUUCUAUGGGCAGAUCAUGUUAGAUGUGGCGGAGAAACCUUUGGGCAUAAAUCGGCAAACUCAUUAGUCACGGAACUCUACCUUCUGCAUAACUGUAAUGCCGAUAUCAACGAGACUUCCAGCUCAGGUGAGAACGCACUUCUGUAUUCGGUUUCUGCUCUGAGUGAUCGGACGAGUCUACAUACUCUGAAGGUUAUUCUGGGCAGUUUUCCGACGAUCAACAUACGAGACGGAUAUGGUAGAUCUGUACUUGCCCGAGCAGCUUCCACUGGCUCUGUGGAGGGGAUAGAGUUGCUUCUCGAAGCAGGGGCAGAUAUAAAUGAUAAAGCUGUAGAAGUACUACCGGCUUUACAUGUUGCUGCACGCCUGGGACAUAGCGGGGUUGUGGAGUUACUUAUCGCCAGGGGAGCAGACAUUGAAAUCAAAAAUAAUGGUUCAACUGCCCUACAUUUAGCUGCGCAGCAGGGCCACACCCAAGUUGUCAGUAUACUUCUCGAUAGUGGGGUAGGCAUCGAAAGUAGAGAUCACCAUGAUUCAACUGCCCUAGAUUCAGCUGCAUAUGAAGGCCACAUCCACGUUAUCAGUCUACUUCUCGAUAGGGGAGCAGACAUCGAAAGUAGAGAUCACUAUGAUUCAACUGCUCUACACAAAGCUGCACGGCGGGGCCACGCCCAAGUUGUCAGUAUACUUCUCGAUAGAGGAGCAGACAUCGAAAGUAGAGAUCACCAUGAUUCAACUGCCCUAACCAUAGCUGCAGAACAGGGCCACGCCCAAGUUGUCAGUAUACUUCUCGAUAGGGGGGCAGGCAUCGAAAGUAGAGAUGAGGAUGAUUUAACUGCCCUAGAUUCAGCUGCAUAUGAAGGCCACAUCCACAUUGUCAGUCUACUUCUCGAUAGGGGAGCAGACAUCGAAAGUGGAAAUCAGCGUGGUACAACUGCCCUAUAUUCAGCUGCACAGCAGGGCCACGCCCAAGUUGUCAGUCUACUUCUCGAUAGAGGAGCAGACAUCGAAAGUAGAAAUCAGUAUGAUUCAACUGCCCUAACCAUGGCUGCACAGCAGGGCCACAUCCACGUUGUCAGUCUACUUCUCGAUAGGGGAGCAGACAUCGAAAGUAGAAGUCGGAGUGGUACAACUGCCCUAGAUUCAGCUGCAUAUCAAGGCCACAUCCACGUUGUCAGUCUACUUCUCGAUAGGGGAGCAGACAUCGAAAGUAGAGAUCACUAUGAUUCAACUGCUCUAUACAACGCUGCACAGCGGGGCCACGCCCAAGUUGUCAGUAUACUUCUCGAUAGGGGAGCAGACAUCGAAAGUAGAGAUCAGCGUGGUACAACUGCCCUAUAUUCAGCUGCACAGCAGGGCCACGCCCAGGUUGUCAGUCUACUGCUCGAUAGAGGAGCAGACACCGAAAGCAGAUGCCAGCGCGACUCAACUGCUCUACACAAAGCUGCACAGCAGGGCCACGCCCAAGUUGUCAGUAUACUUCUCGAUAGUGGGGCAGGUAUCGAAAGUAGAGAUAAGUAUGAUUCAACUGCCCUAGAUUCAGCUGCAUAUGAAGGCCACAUCCACGUUGUCAGUCUACUUCUCGAUAGGGGAGCAGACAUCGAAAGUAGAGAUCACUAUGAUUCAACUGCUCUAUACAACGCUGCACGGCGGGGCCACGCCCAAGUUGUCAGUAUACUUCUCGAUAGAGGAGCAGACAUCGAAAGUAGAAGUCAGGGUGGUACAACUGCCCUAGAUUCAGCUGCAUAUCAAGGCCACAUCCACGUUGUCAGUCUACUUCUCGAUAGGGGAGCAGACAUCGAAAGUAGAAGUCGGAGUGGUACAACUGCCCUAGAUUCAGCUGCAUAUCAAGGCCACAUCCACGUUGUCAGUCUACUUCUCGAUAGGGGAGCAGACAUCGAAAGUAAACCACAGAAGUUAUCAAAAGUCCUACACCUCGCAGUAUUAUAUGGGCAUCACGAAAUUGUCAGUUCCAUCCUCGACAAGCUGGCAACAUCAAACAAAGCCGCCAUUGGAUCCACGUUCAGGAUCUCUGCAGGGCUUCUGCAGCUGACCACACUAGGGGCGAAUCGCAAUAUUUUCAGGUUACUUCUGGAUCAUGAGAUAGAUGUCAAUAUGGCCACUCUGCGGGGUUGUACUGCACUCCAUGUAGCUGCUUCCUGUGGAUAUUUAGAUAUUGUUGAAAGUUUGUUAGUGCAUGGAGCAGAUCCCCACACGAGAGAUAUACAGGGAUGGUCACCAAUCGAUUGUGCCCGGAAAAGUCGAAAAGCACAAGUAAUUGAGCGGUUAUCUCAAUUACAAACUUCCUCUUCCGGCGACCAUCAAAUCGUUACUCAGUCCCCCACACAUUGGAGCCCAGAAGACAAAUCUACGCACAUUGAGCUUUCAGAUGGCAACCUCCAUGUAAGAGUUUCAGGUAGGAACCAUGAUUGGUCCAGCAAUGGCGUGACGACUCUAAUGUUUCAAGAAGACAUAGCAAGAUUGAAGUGGGUUUCGGUCGUAAGAAGUAAUUUUUGUAUGCCUGCAGAGAAGGAUAACUGCUAUUAUGAGGCCAAAAUAAUCGAAGGGGUAACCGGUGAAAUCUGCAUCGGGGUUUCGCGAGAUUAUCUAUUUUUCAAAGAAAUGCCGGGCCGAAUUUUCGGAUCAUAUGGCUACCACGGGCAUGAGGGUCCUUUUUUCGCGGGCGAAAAACCCCCCGCGGCCGAUGGUGGGCAAUAUGCGACUUUUUCGAGUGGUGAUGUAGUCGGAUGCGGUGUCAAUUUCGACCGGUCAAUGAUCUUCUUUACCAAAAAUGGUAAACUCUUACUAGGUAUGCCAAACUUUGAAUCUAUGAACCUCCGACCACCCGGUUCUAGCUCCCUAGAUCUAUGA